UGGUGUCCUUCGCGGGUGUUGCAUCGUUGGCGCUCACCCGCCAGGCGUCGCUUACUCGCUGUGCCUUGCGGAGUGAGUGUGGGAGUUGCUGUUAGUGCGUGUUUCUGGUGUGUGCUUGGUGCAGUGGUGCUUCUGUUUUUUGGUGAUUCCGUCUUGAUUUAGUGCAAUGGCAGACGAUUCCUUCCAGAAUGGUUCGGCCAACGGGGACGUCCCGGAGAUUGAGCUGAUUAUUAAGGACAAGGAGGUGGCAACGCUGAUCGAGAACCUGUACAGCAAGCUGAAGCUGAUGUUGCUGAAGCGCGGGGAUGACUCCAAAGCGCACGCGCUGCUUGCACACCUGCGUAAGAUUGACGAGCACAUGCGGCGCAAGGCCACACGCUUCCUCACAGGGGAUACAAUGUGCUGCUUCGACUGUGAGCUUAUGCCACGCCUGCAGCAUAUCCGUGUCGCAGGGAAAUACUUUGUGGAUUUUGAGAUCCCCAAGGAGCUGAGUGCACUGUGGCGCUACAUGUACCACAUGUACCAGUUGGAUGCGUUCACACAAAGCUGCCCGGCUGACCAGGACAUCAUCAACCACUACAAGCUGCAGCAGGUGGGGGCUGCGUUGAGACUUGCACUUCUGCUUCAGGUUUCUGAUACAGAGAGGCUUCAGAAACACUGA